GAGGCGGAGCCACAAUCUCCGGCGGAGGCUGGGUGUCGCCUGACCGGAUGAUGACAGAAGUUUUCGGUUUAACGUUGCUACUUUUAUCAUGCAAUCAUCCAGCUAAAAACCUCGCCAGUGCUCUGACCGCAGACGGGACUCUUGGCUCUAGACUGCCUUGUGUUUUAAUGAAAUAAACUCACCGAGGCUUGGACAGACUGCUGUGCCAUCUGGGAAGUUUUUGCUGGAAGAGAGACCAUUUGGCUCUUACUUGACCAGGGAGCAGAGCAGGAUAGAGCCCGCCGGGCUGACCGAGGUGCCGCUAUGGGAAACCGGGGGAUGGAAGACCUAAUUCCCCUCAUUAACAAACUCCAGGACGCCUUCAGCUCCAUCGGCCAGUCCUGCAACUUGGACCUGCCGCAGAUAGCGGUCGUCGGCGGCCAGAGCGCAGGGAAGAGCUCCGUGUUGGAGAAUUUCGUCGGGAGGGACUUCUUGCCCAGAGGAUCUGGCAUUGUCACCCGUCGUCCUCUCAUCCUCCAGCUGGUGAACAGUAAAGUAGAGUAUGCAGAGUUCCUGCACUGUAAGGGACGUAAGUUUGUGGACUUUGACGAGGUCCGUCUGGAGAUUGAAGCAGAGACUGAGCGGAUCACCGGAUCCAACAAGGGUAUCUCCGCCAUCCCUAUCAACCUCCGCGUCUACUCCCCUAAUGUGCUGAAUCUGACCCUGAUCGACCUGCCGGGGAUGACCAAAGUUGCCGUGGGAGACCAGCCUCAGGACAUCGAGCACCAGAUCAGGGACAUGCUGAUGCAGUUCAUCACCAAGGAGAGCUGUCUGAUCCUGGCCGUCACCCCGGCCAACACUGACUUGGCCAACUCCGACGCCCUUAAGAUUUCCAAGGAGGUUGACCCUCAGGGUCUACGGACCAUUGGUGUGAUCACUAAGCUGGACCUGAUGGAUGAGGGGACGGAUGCACGAGACAUCCUGGAAAACAAACUGCUGCCGCUUCGCAGAGGUUACAUUGGGGUGGUAAACCGCAGUCAAAAGGAUAUCGAUGGGAAGAAAGAUAUCCGUGCGGCUUUGGCUGCUGAGAGAAAGUUCUUCCUGUCCCACCCUGGGUACAGACACAUUGCAGAACGUAUGGGCACUCCACACCUGCAGAAGACCCUUAAUCAGCAACUUACCAACCAUAUCCGCGACACGUUGCCCGGGUUACGCAGUAAGCUGCAAAGCCAGCUGUUAUCACUGGAGAAAGAGGUGGAAGAGUACAAGAAUUUCCGCCCUGAUGACCCCACACGCAAGACCAAGGCCUUGCUCCAGAUGGUGCAGCAGUUUGGCGUGGACUUUGAGAAGUGCAUCGAGGGGUCUGGGGAUCAGGUGGACACCUCCAACUUGUCAGGUGGAGCAAAGAUCAACCGCAUCUUUCAUGAGCGCUUUCCCUUCGAGCUGGUGAAGAUGGAGUUUGAUGAGAAGGAGCUGAGGAAAGAGAUCAGUUACGCCAUCAAGAACAUCCACGGAGUCAGGACAGGCCUGUUCACCCCAGACCUGGCGUUUGAGGCCAUAGUGAAAAAGCAGAUCAUUAAGCUGAAAGACCCCUGUCUGAAAUGCGUCGACCUCGUUGUCACUGAGCUUGCCGCCCUGAUCAGGAAGUGCACUGAAAAGCUGGGAUCGUACCCUCGACUGAGAGAAGAGACGGAGAGAAUAGUCACCACCUACGUCAGAGAGAGAGACAGCAAGACCAAAGACCAGGUGUUGCUGUUGAUUGAUAUUGAGCUCUCCUACAUCAACACUAAUCAUGAGGACUUCAUUGGAUUUGCCAAUGCACAGCAAAGGACCACUGCUAACGCCACCAAGAAGAGGGUCAUGCCCAAUCAGGUGAUCCGCAGAGGCUGGCUCACUAUCAACAUCAGUAUCAUGAAGGGAGGAUCCAAGGACUACUGGUUUGUCCUGACUGCUGAGUCUCUCUCCUGGUACAAAGAUGAGGAGGAGAAAGAGAAGAAGUACAUGCUGCCUCUUGACAACCUGAAGCUGAGAGAUGUGGAGAAGGGCUUCAUGUCCAGCAAACAUGUCUUUGCCAUCUUCAAUACUGAACAGAGGAAUGUGUAUAAAGACCUGCGUCAGAUUGAGCUGGCAUGUGACACUCAGGAGGAUGUGGACAGCUGGAAGGCUUCAUUUCUCAGAGCUGGUGUUUACCCAGAGAAAGACCAGCCUGAGAACGAAGACGCGAUGAGUACUAGCGACACCGUGUCCAUGGACCCACAGCUGGAGCGGCAGGUGGAGACCAUCCGCAACCUCGUGGACUCCUACAUCGGCAUUGUCAACAAGUCCAUUAGAGACCUCAUGCCCAAGACCAUCAUGCACCUCAUGAUCAACAGUGCGAAGGACUUCAUCCACUCUGAGCUGCUGGCCUACCUGUACUCGGCCGGGGACCAGGGCAGUUUGAUGGAGGAGUCAGCAGAGCAGGCUCAGAGGAGAGAUGAGAUGCUGAGGAUGUAUCAUGCUUUGAAAGAGGCCCUGGUCCUUAUAGGAGACAUCAGCACCACCACUAUUUCUACCCCAGUGCCUCCACCAGUAGAUGACACUUGGAUUCCCAAGGACCCAAGUCCUCCACCGGCAUCCCGUCCUGCCUCAGCAACAGCACCCCCUCCCAGCCGACCCCCGGCAGUGAGGGGGCCCACUCCGGGUCCUCCACCCCCUCUCAACCCCUCACCAGCCUUCGGAGCACCGCCCGUGCCGUCUCGGCCGCCGGGCCAAACAGCCUACGCAGGCGAUCCCAACUCUGGUGUUGUGCCUCUUGUCCCUUCCAGGCCGGCCCGCGUGCCUCCUGCACUGCCGCCCGGGAUUCCCAGCAGAAGACCCCCGGCUGCUCCCAACCGACCCACCGUCAUACGUCCUUCAGAGCCCUCCCUGCUUGACUAGAAACACACACACAUUAAAACACCUUCCUUUACGUUUACACUUUUAUAUUUCUCUUGAGCAGAGAUAAUUUUCUUUUUUCAUUCCUAUAACUACAAACUUUGUCCUACUGUUAUUGAUAAUCUGAUGCUGUUUCAGUCUGUGCAUUUCAGAAGAAUUAUGUGUGUACUUCUGACUUAAUGUGUAGGUAGCUUUUUCUUAACAAAGAAUAUGAUGAUAUGCAUACAGUGUCAUGAAAAGGGAUACAUCUAAUGAUGUUAUUGACUUAGAGGUUAUGAACCAGCAAGUCAUCUUGAAUUGUGCUUGUUUCAUUUAAAAUGAAAUGUGUCUUAAAACAAUAUACGAUUCAUUACUUUUAUAUAAUGGUAAGAAAACUUAUUUAGAAGUAAUGUUUUUGUGAGUUGUAUACUUGCUAACGUUUUGUCAGUAAUCUUACACACUAAGCACCUCAUUAAGGAAGCAGCACUUUUCGAUAGUCUUUUUUUCUCUUCGUUGUUGGUAGAUUUUCAAAGCCUUGAAAUGAGCUUAUUAAAAUUAGACUGAUCAAUGGAAUGUGUAUGCUUCAAUAUUUUUGGCUAAUUACUUUUUUACAAAGAAAUUCCAAGUAUUAGAUAGUUGUUUUUUUUUUGGUGUUUCUCUUGUUGGGAGAAAGCACAGCAGCAGUGGGUGUGUUGUGUCUUCUAGUGUGUUACUAAUAAUCAUUAUACAGUAGUUGAUGGAAGAGUGACCUUGCCCAGUGAAACAUCCUGACAGUUACCUCCCGCCCACCACUGCUCAUUCGUGGUGAAAUUUGUAUUCAAGUGCCUUGAGCAAAAGUUAUUUUGUAAUAACUUACCACCUUAAAAAAAGCCAUAAUGAAAAAAAAAGAAUCAGGCAAGAAAAAUGGCCUCUAUUUCAGAAGUUGUGUAAAAUAAUAGACUGAAUAAAGGAAUAGAAG